CAACACUGAACACCACAAAAAAUAAUCAACCAUAUGGAAGUCGCGCUCAACGGACUAGUAUCCAGAGCCGUAAUAAAUAAAUAAAAAAAAAUCAAUUUUGUGAUGACAUUGUCAAGUUCUUAUUCCGAAUUUUUGAAUUUCAAAACAUAUCGAAAACUAACGAACUUGUGAAAUUGUUCUCUAUAAGAUUUUUGUGUUAAAAUUAUAGAAUAUAUUUUUGUUUUUGUUAAAGUUAAGCUAAAAUGACAAUAGUGCAUUCAGAAUUGCUAAAUUUAGAUGUAGUUAAUAAUGAUGUUGCACCCCAAGUAGAACUAAUAUACCCAAAGCUGGCGAUUUUUGAAAAUUCUCGAAAAUACCAUAUCGUGGACCUUAAGGGUUCUUCAAAGAGUACAUAUGAUGAAGAGAUCGAUGUUGUUGAUAAGAAAGUAUGCAAAGGCGGAUUGCUUUGGUUAAUUUUAAAAUCUGGAGACGUAGUGGCGAUAGAUCCAUCUAAAGAAUCAAAAAUAAAAAUUCGUAAUGACAAGUUUAAGAUUUGUCAAAUAAAAGAAAAUAAAACUGAUUUAUAUUUCAUUAGUGAAAGUGGUGAAUAUUUAAUUCAACCAUAUAAAGGAGAAGAAUUAAAGAAUAUGUUGGAAGAAGGUGUUCCGGAAAUUUAUACAACAUUCAAGAAAAUCUCUAAAGAUCAUUUCGAUUCAGAUUUUUAUGCUACUGCUGAAGGUUUUAACCUUUUUCUUGAGAAUUCAACAAUUAAAACACAAUGUCCACUUACUGGAUUGGUGGAGACUGUUGCUUCAAAUGUAAAAUGUAAUUGUCUAUUACCAUGGGAAGACCUAGUAGUGGUGGCGGAUGAAGAAAACAUGUGGCUCAUUGAUCUCAAAACAUCCGAAAUAGUUUAUAAAUUUGCAAAGGACAGUACAUGUUAUGUCCCCAUCGGUGUUCAUGAUAAUGUUUUAUACUACAUUGUGAGAAAUACUUUGCAGAUACAAGUAUGCAGUGCAUCUGCCUCAUCCACACUACUUGCCAAUAAAGAAAUUUCAAGUGAAAGUCAAAAAAUUACAUCUCAAGAAACGUUAAUGAAUCAGCUUAAAACAUUGGUAGAAUCAAUAUUAACAAGUCCCAAGGUAACCGAGGUACCUUCAAGCAUACAAGUAUUAUUUGAAGAAAUAAAUAAUUAUGCAUUUCUCAUAAAAACAAGUAUAAAAUUAUGCCGAUGUAACUUAAUUUUCAAAUCUCUUUUAUAUUCGCUUCAAAAGAAAGUUGUUGCAUCUGAAGAUUUGAAUUUAAUAGAUUCAAUAUCAGAUUUAAUAAUUAAAGUAGACCUCUUAGAGUAUAUUGUAUUUAAAGGAAAUGACAGCUACAAAGAUGUGGAUUUAUUUAAACAAAAUAUUAAAGAAUUAUGUAUAACUUUUAUAUCCAAGUCAGAUUUGGAUUUAGCAUCUAUUUGCUGGCUUAAAUAUUCAGAAAUGAAAUUAACAAUUACAUGUGAUGAUAUUUUUGAUAUUCUCAAUUCUAUAUCUCAUAAUACUAAAAUUGGUGCUAUCAUGAUCUGGUUAAAAAACUUUAUUCCAUCUCUUUUAGAUCAAAAUCCUUUCCACAUAGAUAUAUUUGUAAAAUGGGCUACUGAGAGAGUUUUUAAACUUGAACAAUCUUCAUAUUGGCCUAAAAUUGGUAUAAAAUUUAUAGAUGAAAUAACAUUUGUGUUGGAAAAGUCCCUUAAGAUAAUCCCAGUUCGGCCUAUAUCUAUGGAUGAUCUUGGUGUGCUAAAAGACAGAAUUCGGGAUAUCUUGGAGCUAAAAGAAAAAUACAAAAUUCACAUGCUUCUGAAUGAAUUUUGUAAUCAAAGUCCUUCUGAACUUACCUUGAUAAUGUUGCGACGCUGUUACACAGAAGAUCUUGAAAUAUUUUUACAAAAUUAUUUGUCAUUCUAUGCCACUCGACAUCAAUUUGAUUUAGAUGAUGCACUGAGGUCUUUUAUAGAAAGUGAAGCAACUUUAGGUGGUGGUGAAAUAGAUGGUGAGCGUCUAAGAAUUUUAUUGGACAUGUUUCGGUCCAUGAAUAGUAAAUUAGAUUGCUUGCUUCAAGUCUUGAAAGUAUUGGAUGUACCAUGGAACGAAACUGUCAUUCAGAUAGUUGUUACUGCUACUACGGCCACUAACGAUUUUACACUGUCUGAUUCUGAUUGUGGCCUAGUAAAGGAAAUUUUGAAGGAAUAUAACUAUGCAAAGGUUAAAGUAAUCUUAAAAAAGUAUAACUUUCCUUUGGCAUCAACAGAUUACAUAUUGCUUCUUCAUAAAAUAAUCAAUGCUCCUAAAGUGGAUUUAGAUGAUCUAAAAGUAAUUACCAAUGUGAUUAGCAAUUACUCUAGUUAUGGUAAUAUGUUAUACCUAAACAAAUGUUUGCAGGAUUGUGAAAUAAAAGCAGCGUUAGAAUAUUUUACUGCACUAAAUAAAAAAGACAAGAUUAUAUUAUUAAAGGCAAUGAAAAUUAAAUUUGAGCAGUUGAUAACAAAAAAAUCCACCAAUGUAGGAAUGGAAAGAAAUUAUUUAGAUUUUUUAAAAGGCACUAAGCUGUUGAACAAUAUUCAAAUGAAAAAUAUUGAAAAUUUAUUCUAUAUGAAGAACUCAUAUAACUUAAAAUUAGAUAUGAAUAACAUUCACAUUGAGAAAUCUUUCAAGGAUCUUUUAACAAUGAAAUCCCUGGAGGAUUCCUCAAAAGCUAUGUCUAGAUAUGGAGAAAGAGUGAAUCAAAUAACAGGAAUGUGGGCAACUCAACAGUCUGCGAUAUUAACUUUGUUACGACGAACACCUGCCAGCCACAAUGUUCACGCAUUUGUUGAAAGAUUAAUUAUUCGGUCACAAAAGAAGGACCCAUGUGAUGAUAGCAUUUUAUCCAAAUUUGAAAAUGGUGAAAACACAACACUUCUAGUACAAUCCAGUGAUGUAUUAGUCGAAUUACUUUGUAAGUGCAAUGAAGAAUAUUUACAUUCUUUAAUGAAGUAUUUAAUAAUUUUCAAUGCAUUGAUAAAAACUAAUAUAGUUGUACAGAAUCUUUCAAUCGCUUGGAAAUUUAAUUACGUAUACCUACCUAUAUCAUCAACUACAGAAAUUAGUGGAUUAAUUAAUUUUUACUCCAAAAUACAACUACAGAGUCAAAGUGAAAUUGAUUUAGAAAGUAUGUCUCAAGAUUUUAGGCCAUACGAUUUUAAUUCCUUUAGAAUGGUAUCCCAUUCACUUGUAAAUUCUAAUAAUACUCACUGUCCUAUUCAAGAUUCUUUAAUAAAUUUAUGUGAUAACACGGCUAGAAGAUUGUUGAAUAAAAUUGUUGCGAAUGUGGAUAUUGAUGAGGUAUUAAUAAUGGCUCUCAUUCUUAUUUUGAGAACUGUAGAAACAAUUGAGGAAUCUAUAUGGAUACCAGAUGUUUUGAGAGGCCAAAACGAAUCCUUAUCAACGCCAGUAGUAUGUUUUCUGUCAUCAUUGCCAAUGCGUAAUACUUUUUGUUUGGACAACAAUGUAAAUGGCAAUUCAGUUACUUAUCCACCGCAACUCAUUCUGAAAUCAAAGUUUAACAUAAAUUUGUCUGAAAUAGCUCUUCCUGAGCAUUCAGAAGAGACAUGGGAUGUAAAAGUUAUACUUUUUUACGUUUUAAAAAAAUACCCGGAAAUUUCAUUUCCCCGACUUUCGGAGAUUUGUCGCGCACUUAAUGUUUCUAUAGAUGAUGGGUUGUCACUGCAGCUUAUAUCAUUGUUAACGAAUUGGACUUUAAGAUACAAAAUUUGUCAAAAUCAAUUUGGACGCCGACAGAUCAUUACAGAAAACGGGGAAGAACCUUUUACAAAAUGCUUCAUUAUUUGGGAAAGCAUUAAAGAUAAAGAAUUUUUAAUCGAUAUAUUAAACGACUUUUGGAGAAAUGGUGAAGUUACUUUACAUGGACGUGUGGUUUCUAUAAACCCAUAUUAUUACGAAAUCUUUUUAUGUAUUUAUCGGUUAAUUUUUUAUACGAGUGCGGAGUUACGCAAUAUGAGAGAAUAUUUUCUGCUAAAUUUUCUCACUGAGUACACACGCAAAAGUCCUCCGAAACAAUACGAAUUUGAACUUUUUUCUGUUAAAGGUAUAUACCCAGAGGUUGGAUAUUUCCGACUUCCUUUCCAUCUCUUUAUGCGAGACGACAUGUGGUCUAAUUUAAAAUCCGAAAUUACUUUAGAAACUUAUGAGCGGUGGCUACCAGUCGUAGUACUACUGGCGUUAGAUUCCGAUUUGCAGACUGCUCGAGAUAUGAUCUGCAGUAAUGCCCUAAAACAAACAAUGACAUCAAGAAAACGCAAUGAAGGCAUCGAAGCUGAUAGUAAAAAAACCGAACCUUGGAGUCUAAUAACACGAGAAGAACCUUUACUUAGAGCGGCACAUAAAUGUGUACGACACAUUUCGAAUAUGGAAUGGGCCGGAGCUUGCUUAUUCUAUGUGCUUCAAGGCUGUUCACGUGGAGCAGAUCAAGUGGCCGCUGCACAUUUAUGCUAUCAAUUUGCACAACGGUGGGCUGCUGUUCAGCCAGGAAAUAGAGCAGUACGUCAAAUGGAACGUUUGAAUGCGACUCUAUCAACUCGGCAUGUGUUGUAUAAAAUUGAAUGGGCAUGUGAUGAACUUGUACGCCUUUCAACAGAACCUGCUCAACUAAUACGUGCUUUAUAUUUUCAUCCCGAGUUCAUUGAAAAAAUUGGACGUCAUGAUGUUAACCGUGCAGCCAACGAAAUAGCUGACAAGAACGGCAUCAAUGUUAGCUCCAUUAGGAUGCAAAUUUUGGAAAACAUUCUCGAAAAAUCAAGCAAAGAAAAUAAUAAUGAUUCGUCUGCAUUAACACCAAUUGAACUAAUCACUGCAAAAUACAUACUAAAAGCAACGUGCCCUAAAAUGGGUGCAAUUUAUUUAUCUCGUAUAGCUUUCGAUGAUGACAGCAGUUACAAAAAAUCGAAAAAAUUAAGAGCUCUUCAGUGCUUAAUAAGCGUAAUUGAUGCCGAUACUGCAAUUAAAGUGACGAAUAGAGGAAGAGACGCAUUAUGGAUAUCUUUAGUCGAUUUACUAUGUGUUGUAAGACUAGAAGCGGUAGAUAUGCCGUGGAUUGUAGUAACAUUCUUACAAGACAAAAUUCGUGCGCUAGACCAAUUACUUCAUACUACUGACUUAAACGUGGAAGCUUUAAAAAUAGCGACAAUGCUUGCAUGUAGAUACGGUUCUUCAAAAAUAAUUCACCACCUUUUAAUUUCUUUGUUACGUUCUAAUGUAUACGAUGACCUAACACCAUUACUAUUGAAGAUUUCAACUUUCCCACCCGAUGGUGUAAUUUACGCUGCAUGGCGUGCUGUUAUUUUGUCUCCAUUUCAAAAUGCAGACCAUCCAAUCACUGAACGACAGAGAACAAAAUGUAUAAAUGCUAUAAAUUUGUUGCCAUUGUGCCCAAUAUUGAAAGAUGAAGAUCUAACAGAGAUAUGGAAAAAUUGCGUGAGAUGUAAAUGUCUCGGAUUAGGUUGUUUAGUGUUACCCUACAUGAGGCCACAGACGAGACAGACAUUACCAGAACUGUUAAAAAUAGAUAGACGAAAUUUGAUUGCUAGUUUAAAGAAUUUAUAUAAUGAAUCUUAUCUAGUGUCUGGUGCUAUGCACGUCAUUGAAGGUAUGGCAUCAAAAAUGUAUCGAUAGUAGAAUUAAUAUUAUAUUUAAUUUAUAUUUCACAUGUUUCUUUUAUGCCUGAGAUUUCAGGUUGCGCCUAUAAAAAUGUGUUGAUGUAAGAGUUAAUUAGGUCGCCCGUGGCACAUAUAUACUACCUUACUUAUUGGGUUUUUAUCGCUUUUGACGGCAGUGCCAAAACAAUAUUUUUUUACCAUCGGUGCGAGUCACGACACUCGCGUAACAAACUUGAACACUAGUGCCGCGGCGAUCACGAAUCACCAAUUAUGUGAAAAUGAGCAGUAUAAAGAUGCGACCAACACAUGUUUUCGUCAACUGCACCUAGCAUACUGUUAUGUUGCACGCUCAUUUUUAUACAUAUACUCUGUUUUGCACGUAGAAAAUGCUGGCGCAAACGUUCGAGUUCACUAUGCGAGUACGCAACAACACGCCUACCCCUAAACAAUGUAUAAUAAACCUGUGGGUUAUUGUAAGCACAUGUGUAAUAUAAUAAUAAUAAUAAUAAUAUAUUGUUUGGAACCCCAGAAGAGUUAAUUAUUCUUUCCACAUGACGUUACUUGUGCUAGGAUAUAUUUCGACGGUCGAAAGGCUUAAACAUUAUUUUUUUUAUUUUAACAAGUUUAAGAACAGAAAAAUGUGCUGAUUUAAAAUAUGUAUGAAACUUAGUGUCGCAAAAAACUUUCGCUAAAGUCAAUUAGCCUUGCAUCCGUCGAUUUAUUUCCCCCGGAUAGCAACCACGUACACAAUGCGAUGAAAACCCGCCAGUCGCACACGUAAUUCUAUCGCGUUCCAGGGUCAGCCACUGUAUAUCCGGUUCCAACAGGCCGGCAUAAUUGAGUCGACUGUCGAGGGGUUAUCAUCUCUCGUCAGUCAGCAUUCUAUUCGACCCCACUCCACUUACCAUCAGGUGAAGUGAGGACACUUCGCCGUGCCUAUAUAAAAAAAUAAAAACAAUAUUGCAUUCACUUUCUACUAGAAUAAAAGCUUAGGUAAACUUCUCCAAUGUAUACCUAUGGGGACCAUAUACUUAGAUAAAUACCUAAAUUUACCAAAUAUGUUUAUGUAUUUGUAAUUAUUUAUUGUAAAAUAAAAAAAGUUAAUAAAAUAUUUACUUA